AUGUUGAUCACCAUAUGGAUGUGGGUGUUUGUGUCUGUGCUAUAUUGUCACGCUGAAGUUCCAGAUACAUUUUCCGUGGUGGUUCCUGAUGGUCCAGUCUCAGCCAAACUGGGAUCCUCUGUGGUUUUGCCCUGUAGUCUCUCUCCUUCCUUCAGUGCUGUGGAGCUGGAGGUGCGCUGGUACAGGCCCAGUAAAUUCAAGACUCCAGUUUUAUUGUACAAGGAUCAGAAGAUCCAGGAGAGUCCUGUAGAUCCGCAGUACGGGGACAGAGUGUCUCUGAUAGGGAGACUGGAGGAGGGGAAUGUGUCUCUGAAGCUGGAGAACAUCACACUGUCAGACAGAGGAAAAUAUGAGGGUCACAUCAGUAGUGCAAAUUGGUAUGAGAGGUGCAUAAUAUCACUCACAAUAAAUGUCCUGGGCUCUCUACCAGUCCUUUCAUUCACUGAGACAGGAGGAGGAUAUUUGAAUGUGACCUGUGUGUCAGAUGGUUGGUCUCCACAGCCCACAGUAACCUGGAGAGACAGAGAAGGGAAAGAGAUCAAACAGAACAGUAAUGUGAUGUACAAGACAGAUAGUGAUGAUCUGGUGAGUGUGAGUUCUUGGCUGCUCUUCUCUCCCUCUGAGUCAGAGUGGAUCUCCUGCUCUGUCAGUUUAUCUGAUCAGGAGAAGAGAGAGGGCAGAGUGAUACCAGUCAGAACAAAAAUGUCCACAGCUUCCAAAACUGAGCAUCUCACACUGGACACAUCUACAUGUCAUGAACAUCUGACAGUUAAUAAGGGAAGAAAGGAAGUGACUUAUCAGCCAAGAAAAAAAACAAACAACAAAAACAAACAAAAACAAAAGGCUAAAGAGAAUGAAGCUUCCAAUUUAAUGCUUGAUGUGCUGUGUGAGAAGAAGUUUGACUCAGGCGUGCACUAUUGGGAAGUGAUUGUGCUUGAUGAAGAGAAAGCUGUUCCACCUAAACUGUCCUGGUAUGUCGGUGUGACUUCUCAUGAAAAGCAAAGAAAGAAAGAGCCAUUAACUCCAGAGAAUGGUUACUGGGUUCUCCAGUAUGAAAGAGGGAAAGGAUUCUAUGUAAACACUGGCCUUCCAAGCCCAGUGUUAGUAAGAGACUUGUUCUCCACACUGGGGGUGUAUUUAGACAUGAAAAAGAACACUCUGUCUUUCUAUGAUGUAGAUUCAAAAUCACAUCUUUAUACUUUCACUGAGGUCAAAUCUGAACGUAACCUGAUUCCGUUGUUGAGUCCUGGAGCACUGGGUCACAGAAGUAGAUUGCACUACUCUUUUUGCGGUGAGGAUUGCUGUGUUGCCCGUAAGGCCAAAAAGACGCCUAGCCUGCCAGCCACUGAAAGUGACUCAGAGCAGGGUGAGAGCGAGGAGAGUGACCGGGAGAGAGCAUCAGAGAACCGAGCAGAGGCCAGCCAAGGUCAAGACCAAGGUGGCUCCAACCCCUUUUCACCAGGCCAGAUGACCUAG